AUGAAAAUGGAAUUGGCAGUAGAAAAUGGAAGCACUAAUUCACAAUAUAGUUUAGGAUUAUAUUAUGAAAAUGGAAGCACUAAUUCACAAUAUAGUUUAGGAUUAUAUUAUGAAAAUGGAAUUGGUAUUACUAAAAAAAACACAACUGAAGCUUUUCCUUGGUAUCAAAGAGCAUCAAUAACAAAUAAUAAUGCACAAUAUAGACUGGGUUUAUGUUAUGAAAAUGGAAUUGGUACUUCAUCAGAUUAUUAUAAAGCAUUUUAUUAUUAUCAAAAAGCAGCAGAAAAUGAGAAUAAAGACGCACAAUAUAAAUUGGGUUUAUGUUAUAAAAAUGGAAUUGGUACUGAAAAAAAUGUAAGUCUGGCUUUUUAUUGGUAUCAACAAGCAGCUGAAAACGAAAAUAAAGAUGCACAAUAUAAAUUAGGCAUGUGUUAUAAAAAUGGAAUAGGUACUAAAAAAAAUAAAGAAAAAGCUUCUUAUUGGUAUCAAAAAGCAAAAAAUAAUACUGGUAUUAAUAAAAAUGAAAAUAAAGUUUUUUAUUGUCAUCAAAAUGUAGCAAAAAAUGAAAAUGAAAAUAUACAAUAUAACUUGAGUUUAUAUUAUAGUGAAGGAUUUAAUAUUAAUGAUAAAGUUAAGGCUUUUAAUUGGUAUCAAGCUGCUGCAACAAAUGGAAAUCAAGAUGCACAAUAUAAAUUAGGUUUAUGUUACGAAAAUGGAAUUGGUAUUGAAAAAGAUUUUGAGAAAGCCUUUUGCUGUUACCAAAAAUUAGCAGAAAAUGAAAGUAGUGACGGACAAAUUAAACUGGGUCAUUUUUAUAUAAAUGGAAUUGGUAUUGAAAAAAGUAAUGUUAAAGCAUUUUAUUGGUAUCAAAAAGCAGCAGAAAACGGAAUUAAUAGUGCGCAAUAUAAUUUGGGUUUAUGUUACGAAAAUGGAAUUGGUAUUGAAAAAGAUGAGGUUAAAGCUUUUUAUUGGUAUCAAAAAGCAGCAGCGAAUAAAAAUGCAGAUGCACAAUAUAAUUUGGGUUUAUGUUAUGAAAAUGGAAUUGGUAUUGAAAAAAAUGAUCUUACAGCUUUUAAUUGGUUUCAAAAAGCAGCAAAAAAUGAAAAUGCAAAUGCACAAUAUAGUUUAGGUUUAUGUUAUGAAAAAGGAAUUGGUAUUGAAAAAAAUGAGGUAACAGCAUUUUAUUGGUAUCAGAAAGCAGCAGAUAAUGGAAAUAAUAGUGCACAAUAUAAUCUAUGCUUAUGUUAUGAAAAUGGAAUUGGUAUUGAAAAAAAUAAUGUUAAAGCAUUUUAUUGGUAUCAAAAAGCAGCAGAAAAUGGAAUUAAUGGUGCACAAUAUAAUUUGGGUUUAUAUUAUGAAAAUGGAAUUGGUACUGAAAAAGAUGAAGCAAAAGCUUUUUAUUGGUAUCAAAAAGCAGUAGAAAAUGGAAUUAAUGAUGCACAAUAUAAUUUAGGCUUAUGUUAUGAGAAUGGAAUUGGUACUGGAAAAGAUAAUUUUCAAGCAUUUUAUUGGUAUCAAAAAGCAGCAGAAAAUAGAAAUGAGAAUGCACAAUAUAAUUUAGGCAUGUUUUGGGAAAAUGGUGUUGGCACUAAUAAAGAAGAUAACAUUAUGGCUUUUUAUUGGUAUCAAAAAGCAGCAGAAAAUGAAAACAGUAAUGCACAAUAUAGAUUGGGUUUAUGUUAUAAAAAUGGUAUUGGUGUUGAAAAAUGUAAUGUUAAAUCUUUUUAUUGGAAUAAAAAAGCAGCAGAAAAUCAAAAUGUAAAUGCACAGUAUAAUUUGGGUAUAUGCUAUGAGAAUGGAAUUGGUAUUGAAAAAGAUGAAGCUAAAGCUUUUUAUUGGUAUCAAAAAGCAGUAGAAAAUGGAAUUAAUGAUGCACAAUAUAAUUUAGGCUUAUGUUAUGAGAAUGGAAUUGGUAUUGAAAUAGACGAAGUUAAAACUUUUUACUGGUACGAAAAAGCUGCGGAAAAUGGAAAUAAUGAUGCACAAUAUAAUUUAGGUUUAUGCUAUGAAAGUGGAAUUGGUAUUGAAAAGAAUAAAGCUAAAGCUUUUUAUUGGUAUCAAAAAGCAGCAAGCAAUUUUAAUAAUAAUAAUGCACAAUAUAAAUUAGGUUUAUUCUAUGAAAAUGGAAUUGGUAUUGAGAAAAGCUAUGCUCAAGCUGUUAAUUGGUAUCAAUCAGCAGCAAAUAAAAAUGCGAAUGCACAAUUUAAUUUAGGCUUAUGUUAUGAAAAUGGAAUUGGCAUUGCAAAAAAUGAUGCCGUGGCUUUUAAUUGGUAUCAAAAAGCAGCAGAAAACGGAAUUAUUAGUGCACAAUAUAAUUUAGGUUUAUGUUACGAAAAUGGAAUUGGUAUUGGAAAGGAUGAAAUUAACUUUGCAGAAACCUCUGACAGAUGUAAAUUUCAGUAUUCUUUGAAUAUUUUUGGACAAGGAUUUUGCGACUUUUUAGUUCUUUGGAUAUGGAUUUUGGAAAUUAGCUCUGACUUGAAAGCUGGAAUUCUAGAUAAUGGCGAGUUGAACUCAAAACUUUUAAAAAAACUUUUUAUCAUUUUUUUUUUCAAUCAGUUCCGACUUGGAAAACUGAAAUCUCAAAGAUUGGAAAUCAGCUCUGACGGAUGUAGACACCAGAUUCCCAAUAGGACUCCUAUAUUUAGAACUCUUGAUGGAUUUCCAAUUGAUCGGAUGGUUUCAGCAAAGAAAGCAUUUUAUUGGUAUCAAAAAGCAGCAGAAAAUGGAAAUAAUAAUGCACGAUAUAGCUUAAGUUUAUGUUAUAAAAACGAAGAAGACUUAAGAAAGGCUUUUUAUUGGUGUGAAAAAGCAGCAGAAAAUGAAAAUGAGAAUGCACAAUAUAAUUUAGGCGUAUGUUAUGAAGAUGGAAUUGGUAUUAACAUGGACAAAUAUAAAGCUUGUCAUUGGUAUCAGAAAGCAUCAGAAAAUGGAAAUAAAAAUGCACAAUAUAAUCUAGGUUUAUGUUAUGAAAAAGGAAUUGGCAUUGAAAAAGAUGAAAUUAAAGCUUUUUAUUGGUAUCAAAAAUCAAUAGAAAAUGGAAAUAAUAAUGCGCAAUACAAUUUGGGUUUAUUUUAUGAAAAUGGAAUUGGUAUUGAAAAAAGUAAUUUCCAAGCUUUUUAUUGGUAUCAAAAAGCAGCAGAAAAUAACAAUAAGAAUGCACAAUAUAGUUUAGGUUUGUGUUAUGAAAAAGGAAUAGGAAUUGAAAAAAAUGAUGAUAAAGCUUUUCAUUGGUAUCAAAAAGCAGCGGAAAAUGCAAAUAAAAAUGCACAAUAUAAUUUAGGUUUAUAUUAUGAAAAAGGAGUUGGUAUUAAUAAAACUAAUAAAGAUGAUGCCAAAGCUUCUUAUUGUGAAAAGAAUGAAAUAAAAGCUUUUUAUUGGUAUCAAAAAGCAGCAGAAAAUGGAAAUAAUAGUGCACAACAUAGAUUGAGUGUAGUAUAUGAAAAUGGAAUUGGAACUGAAAAAGAUGAAACUAAAGCUUUUUAUUGGUGUCAAAAGGCAGCAGAAAAUGGAAAUAAAGAUGCACAAUAUAAAUUAAGUAUUUAUUUUAAUAACGGAACUGUUACUAAAAGGGAUGAAGUUAAAGCUUUUUAUUGGUAUCAAAAAGCAGUAGCAAAUAAAGAUGAGGAAGCACAGCGUGAUGAAGGUGAAAAGUAUGAUGUUAAAACAUUUGAGUGGUUUAAAAAGGCAGAAAAAGAAAGUGAGAAUGCAACUGAAUGGAUUGAAACUGCCUUAAAAUAUAAUCAGGUUAAAUAUAUAUCUUAUGAUGAAUUAGAAAAUGUAGAGCCUUUUUUUGGUACGGGAGCAUUUGGACAUAUUAGUAGAGCAAUUUGGACCAAAAUACAUGAUUAUGUUAUUUGUAAAAAAUUAUCCAAUACAGCAGAUAUUAAGCAUACUUUAUUAGAUGCUUUUAUUCAUGAAUUAAAAAUACAUUUACAGCUUGAUUAUAGUAAUAGGAUUGUACGUUGUUUAGGCAUUACUAGUUUAGAUCCGAUAAAGAAAUCUGAUUACCUUCUUAUAAUGCAAUAUGCUGACGGUAGUGAUCUUCAAAGUUACCUCAAAGAUAAUUUUAAGAAUUUAACUUGGGAUGAUAAGAAAAAAUUAGCAUUUCAAAUUGCAGAUGGAUUAAAUUAUUUGCAUAACGAAAAUAUUUUACAUAGAGAUCUUCAUUCUAAAAACAUAGUUAUUCAUGAGCAUAAUGCUAAAAUUACUGAUUUUGGUAUUUCAAAAAUUCAAAAUGAUCCAAAAUCAACAGUUUAUAUGGGAAAUUUUGGCGUUAUUUCAUAUAUGGAACCAAAACGUAUCUUUGAUCAAAAUUUUCCAUAUACUAAAUCAUCAGAUAUAUAUAGCUUUGGUGUAUUAAUGUGGGAAAUUUCUAGUGGAUAUCCUCCAUUUAAAGAUUGGGAUAAAGCUUCACUUCCUUAUAAAAUUAACAAUGGCGUUCGUGAAGACACAAUUCCUGAUACUCCUAUUGAAUAUGAAAAACUUUAUAAAAAUUGCUGGGAUCAAGAACCUGAGCGGAGACCAACUAUCAAUGAUGUGUUAGACGAGUUUGAAAAAAUGGGUUUUGGGAUUAACGCUAGAAAUAAGUCAAUUAAAGAUAACGAAAAUUUAACUUCUGGAUUGCAAAUUAAUAAUGAAUCUUUGGAAUUUACUCAAUCAUCUGAUCAAUGCAUUAAAUUGAAUUAUUAA